GACAGAAGAGUCAAAAAAGUGACGUUGCAGGAUAAACAAACGGAGCUUGGGCAGAGUCAGAGAGGACAACCUGUAUUCUGACAUUUUGUCCGAAUAUUUCCGGACGAUGCAGUCUUCUAAGAGGAGCGAGAGUGACUGGCAGGGGCUGGUCAGCGAGUUCCUGGUGUGUAAGCGCAAGCUGGAGAGUAAGAAGGAGGCCCUGCUCAUUCUGUCCAAGGAGCUGGACAGCUGUCAGCAGGAGAGAGACCAGUACCAGCUGAUGGCCAACCAGCUGAGGGAGCGCCACCAGGGACUCAAGAAAAAGUACAGGGAACUCAUUGAUGGGGACCCCUCCUUGCCGCCAGAAAAACGCAAUCAAGUGAACCUGGCUCAGCUGUUGAGAGACUCGAGGGAACGAGCAAAAAAGCUCGCUGAGGAGGUGAAGGAGCUGACUCAGAGACUCAUGGAGGCCCAGGGGGAUAACAAGCUCCUGAGGCUGACCAUUACUCGACAGAGGCUGGGGGAUGAGGACGUGGGGGCACGCCAUUUCCCCGCCCAUGAACGGGAGGAUCUAGUUGACCAGCUUGAGAGAGCGGGUCUACAGAUGGAGGAGAUGGAGCACAACAUGAAGGCCGUGACAGACGAGCUGCAGGACGUGAAGGCGGAGCGCAGCGUGUUCAGGGAGAAGGCCUACCGACUCAACGUGGAGCUCAACCACGUGUUGGAUAACCGCGAGCCUCGCAUCAUUGAUGUGGACGCCCUCUGCAUGGAGAACAGGUAUUUGCACGAGCGCUUCAGCCAACUACAAGAGGAGGUGAACCUGCUGAAAUCCAACAUCAUGAAGUACAAGACGGCUCUUGAGAGGAGGAAAAACUCCAGCACAUAUGGGAAAUCAAACAGCAGUCCCCUCACUGGAGUUCUCUCAGCCAAGCAAGUCCAGGAGAUGCUCCUGGAAGAGCAGGGCUGCAACCUGCCAGCCACGCCUCAGUCCAUCUCUGACCUCAAGUCCCUGGCCACGGCUCUGCUGGAGACCAUCCAUGAGAAGAACCUGGUCAUCCAGCACCAGAGGCACACCAACAGGAUCCUUGGAAACAGAUUGGCAGAUUUGGAAAGGAAGCUGAAGACAUUGGAGGUUGCUGGACUCUGGAGUCUUCCAGGCUUGACCUACCGCGUAUCCGUGGGAAUUGGGAGGAAUCGAGACAACGUCACACUGAGUGGAAAUCUUCAACCGGAGCUUCAUCCAACACGCGCCACGCCUCAGCCGAACACGCAGCCCAGUGUGCAGCCGCCCAGAGUUGUGUCAGACGACAGAAGUUCACAUGAAUCAUCGUGGGAAUGCCACACUGCUGGCAGCGACCUUGGCACAGAUGGCGUCAGCAGGGAAGACGCACCUGCACUGCUCAACAGCCUGGAGCCUCUAGUGGGGGUGGAGACGAAUGGGAUUGACAGGAGAGGGGGAGAAAUCGUGACCCUGACAGAAGAUGGAGCUCUGAUAGAGCUGGAGGACGGGCAGAGUCCGGUGGAGGAGGCGGGGCAUGAGGUGGAGGGAGUUGAGGAUGAAGAGCUGGGCUCCACGGUGGAGGAAGGAGAAGAGGCGGCUCUGGCACUGGGCGUCGCGUCCACUGAAUCGGACCUUCCGUGGCUUCCAAAUGUGCGAGCCUCUGUAGAUCAAUCAGAGGUGGGCCGUCAGCCCUGCAACUCCCGGGACGCUCGGUCAAAUCACGCGCCUGAACAUGUGGAAACCUCACAAUCAAUUCCAGAGACCCAGCGCACAGAGGUGUCGAAUGCAGGAGGGUGGGACAUGGUAGAACUGCAGGGUGACACCUGUCGUAGUGACAACCUUGGCAUGAUCUGACGUCACUGAAAGCCUUUUAAAUCCUUGUCCUUGUCGUUCUUGCUGGUAAUUGCAUUAAUCGUCCCUAGUUGCAUUCACACAGCGUGGCCGCCGCUCACCAGCUCCCCCUUGUUCCACCUCGCAGCUCCGUUUCAGUCAAUAAAACGGAGAGAAAAACACUUUUUCAGCCGCCGUCGACGGAGCCGGAGGUGCACUUUGUAUCUAGACAGGCUCGUUGCUGCGCAGGAACAGGCAAUCUGGAAAUCAAUGGAGUUGCAAACUCCAUGCCCUACAGGAAGAGUUUAGCUAUGAAAAUAACAGAUAUGGCAGCCUCAGCUCCUCUGCCCCAUAUUCCCUUCUUCCUCUCCCCUGCGAUAAGAUAAUCCCAAUUGUUUGCUUUCGUCUUCCUCCCAGGGGGAGGCCAACAAACAGUGCUGCAUUUUGUUGUUCCUCUCAUAGGUGGUCCAAACACUUGUAAUGAAUGUUUUGUAAAUGUAUGGAAAUGAAUAAUAUUAAUAUUCAAGAUUCUAUUUAUGUAUAUUCAUCUGUGUGGGUGAAUAUUACUGAUCAGUCAGUUUUUAUUUGUCCUUAUUUAUUUUAAUUUAGAAGUUGAUAUUUGGAUGAGACUACGCGUGCCUUAUAUGUGGAAGUACUGUAUUUAUUGAUAUUUAUUCAUAUAAAUGCAUGAUUCCGCAACAUGA